CUUACGUUACAUCAGGCACGAAAUCAAACAAACAUCGAUCUACAUCGUGAUGCCAGUUACUGUAGAUAAAUAUGGAAAAUUUAAGAGACUUAGAUCGGUCUUGGUAUGUUGAAUAACUGAGAACAAGAAGAUGCUUAGUUUGCUAGAAAUUGAAAAGCAAAAAGGGUUCGAAAAGGAAAAAAUUCCAAACGCGUGCUCAAUUACGGACAACUACGAGCCCAAGAAAAAUUGGAAGAAAAGGUGAUUUCCCGUUGCCGCUCUCCUCUUCAACAUCGUGAGUCGGACUCGUGCGUCACGUUCGGUCAGCCAUCCCGUCGCGUUGAACGACUUCGUUGAGUGAGCCAUUGACGCAUCCUUCCUCCCCGGCUGAUCACAAGAGAAGUUUCCCGAUCGGAUUUUUCGUUGCCCGACUAUGAUUCUUGAGAUCGCGACUUGCAUCUUACAGGGCUGCAAUCUCUUCUGCGUUCUCUGCUCCCCUCAGCUGAAAGAUAUUAUCCAGCUCAAAGAAAACAAACAGAGGCUCGACUAUCAAUUUGAGGUGCUCAUGUAUCAGAAAAACAAAAUAAUUAGCUACGUCGAAGGCGGCAAGAGGGACGGGAAAGUUCCUUCCGAACCAGUGGAGUGCGCCCUGCAGAGGAUGGAGAAACUGGAAAGGGAGUAUGGGGACAUACUAAAGAAGUUCGAGGUCCGGCACUGUGGUAACUGCAAGCUGCUCUUCGAACUAAGCCGACAGAUUGAAAAUACCGGGGGAGAGAUGAAGACGGAGAGGGAGAUUGGCCUGAAGUACACGGACGGGGAAGGGGUUCUCAGGGAUCCACCACCACCCAUGGUAGAAGUGCUCCCUGUUCCCCAUGUUUAUGGCCGGGAAGAGGUCAUCAACAGGAUAAUGAAUCACUUGAACAACGAUGAUAUCCGAAUCAUCGGCGUCUGGGGAAUCACUGGAGUGGGCAAGACCACCCUUGCCAAGAUGGUGAACAACCAGCUCAUAGGCAAGGAGACGCUUGUCUUCUACGUGGACAUGGAGGAGGAACCAGGUAACAAGGGGAUACAGGACCAGAUAGCUAAGAGACUGCAGAUGACCUUUCGGGAGCAUGAUAACGAGGUAACCAGAGCCGCCAUGCUCUUCAAUAGGCUGAAGGAAAAAAAGUUUCUGCUAAUCUUGGACGAUGUUCAUCGUAAACUAGAUCUGGAUCACGUGGGAGUGCCCAACAGAAGCGAUCAAAGUAUGAUGAGCAAAGUGCUGCUCACGACGACCGACUUCGAAAUGUGCAAGACGAUGUUGAGUGAUGAAACUGUUGAGGUGGAUCCCCUCCCCAAACCGCACGCCUGGUGCUUGUUUCGGGAAAAGGCCGGGAAGGUCGUGGAAAGCCACGAGAUACAGCCGCUUGCAAAGGAGGUUGCCGGGGAAUGCGAGGGGCUGCCGCUCUUUCUGGUUCUCUUGGGAGAAAUCAUGAGGGAUGUAGAGGAAGUUGGGAUAUGGAACAACGCGCUGAGGGAGUUGAGGGCCUUGAGGGUGACGAGGGUUCUGAGCAAUUGGAGCGUGGCCGACGUUGACAAGCAAUUCCGGCUAUUGAGACGCAACUACGAUCGGAUCACGGAUAGGAGCACUAGGUUGUGCUUCUUAUACUGUUGCUUGUUUUCUAGACGCUACAGUGUGAAUGUCAAGAGGCUUGUCUCCUACUGGAGGUCGGAAGGCUUAAUGGAGGAGCUCAAUAGCAAAGAUUCGACGGACAAGGGGUUCCAAAUAAUUGAAAGGUUCCGGAACUCUUGCUUACUGAAAGCAAGGGACUCCUUCAGCAGCGUCAUGAUGCUGGGCUUGGUCCGGGAUAUGGCACUCAAGAUGGCAGACGAAGAAGGCCACCAGUUUUUCGUCCGGGACGAGAAAACCAAUCCUUUGAGGCAAUGGCCUCCCAAGGGAAUGAUUCCACAAGACAUCAAGAGAAUCUCCUUGAUGGGUCACCAAAUACAAUCACUUGCAGACCAACCACAACAAGUGUGGUCGGAGCUAUCGACCCUGAUCCUCCAACAUAACCCUCUUAAGAGUAUCAUCGAUGGUUUCUUCCAUGGGAUGCCCGCCCUUCAGGUAUUGGAUCUAAGCCACACAGAGAUCACGACUUUACCGCCGUCCAUCUCAACUUUGGUGAACGCCCAGGCGCUCUAUUUGGGGGACUGUCGAUACUUGAGGGAGAUGCCGCCGAUUGGGGAGCUGAGACAGCUUAAGUUGCUUGACCUCAACCACACUCAGAUAGAAGAGUUGCCCCAGGGACUGGAAGAACUGAGCCAGCUAAAGACUUUGAUCUUGUCCUAUACAAAGAGGCUCACUAGAAUCCGGCGAGGCCUCAUGCCAUGUCUCUUAGCCAUUGAGGAACUCGACAUGCACCAAAGUGCAUACUCUUGGGGCCUGGAGGGCAUGGCGAAGCUCGAGACAGCCACACUUGAAGAGCUAAGUUCCUUGCACAAAUUGGAAGCUCUUUACGUCAAUAUUCAGAAUCCGAUUUGCCUCAUUCCAAACGAGUUCGGUGACCAGUGGCGGAUUCUGUGGCAAUUCAAUUUCAGUAUAGGAGGAGACAUCGAUCUCCAGCGGCGCCACAACAGAGAACUCCAUGUCAUCAAUUCCGACGGGCUGCUGCCAAGUGAAAGCGUGAAGAUGGUGCUACGCCGGACUCAAUCGCUGGUGCUGUUCAAUUGCACAGGCAUCAUGUGGAUUUCCCAAGUCGGCGGUUCCUUCAAGGACCUGAAGUCGCUCUUCGUUCAUGGCUGUGAUGAUGUUAGCAGCCUGAUGAUAAGAGGAGAUGACGUCGACCAAGAUGGCGAAUGGGGAGCGUUGGAGACUCUAGACCUGCGGAACUUGGCCAAUUUGCAGAGCAUAUGGAUGGGGAGAGCUCCUAGAGGAGGAAGCCUUCGUAAUCUGACGCACAUCACUAUAAGCUGCUGUCCGAAGUUAAGGAGUCUGUUCCCCAUCGGCAUAUUCGGGAAAGAAAACAGGCUGAAGGAGAUCCAGGUAUUGGGAUGCGCUUCGAUAGUGGAAGUAUUUCAAGGAGAGGUAAUGGAAGCGAGGGCUGUUGGCGACGGUGAGGUAGAAGAUGAAGCUGGUCUCCCCUGCCUGAGAAGGGUAAUACUCGAGAACCUGCCUAGACUAACAAUGGUGUGCAAGGAGGAGCCUUUCCUUCCUUUCUUAGAGGAGGUACGAGUGAAGUCUUGCCCGCUGCUGACGAAUCUUCCAAUUCGUGAGCUUGGUGAGAUUCAACAGAUUAAGGGCUCCAAAAUUUGGUGGGAACAACUGAAGUGGCAAAAUGAGAGCAUCAAAACUGCAAUGCAGAGAAAAUUUCUUGAUAUUGGGGAAUGACCAUCUUCAUCAUCUCUGCAAUUUCAUCGAUACAUAUGCGCGUUGCCUGCAUUGCAAAGACGAUGUGUGUUUCUGUUUGAACUAAUUAUCUCAAUUAUGUAAAUGUUGUAUCCUGCAUUACUUUUUUUCUUGUGUUUUGCUUUUAAUUUAGUAUCGCGUCUUAAUUAAGAUUUUUGGAAUGGAGUA